UUCCAGAAACCACGAAAAUAUUGUUUUCCGCAUUAGUUUCAUAACUACGCGUAAUCCCCAUUGUUGAUUAGUAAUGGACGAAGAGGUGUUGACGACGUUAAAAAUCCUGAUAAUUGGAGAGAGUGGCGUCGGGAAAUCCAGCAUUUUAGUCCGCUUUACUGAAGACAACUUCGAUCCUGAUCAAACGCUAACAAUUGGCGUUGAUUUUAAAACCAAAAAACUCACAGUCGAUGACAACACCGUAAAGCUGGCAAUAUGGGACACAGCUGGUCAGGAGCGAUUCCGAACAUUAACACCCUCUUAUUACCGCGAUGCACAAGGUGCUAUUUUAGUUUAUGAUGUCACCAACUAUUCCACAUUUGCGAAACUGGAAACAUGGUUGAACGAACUGGAAACAUACUCGACGAAAGCGAACAUAGUCAAAAUGAUUGUGGGAAAUAAAAUUGAUAAAGAAAAUCGGGAAGUGAACAGGGAAGAAGCGAUGAAAUUCGCUAGAAGACACCAAACACUGUACAUUGAAGCAAGCGCCAAAACCAGAGACGGGGUCCAGUGCGCUUUUGAGGAACUAGUGCAUAAAAUAAUACAAACUCCAGGGCUUUGGGAAUCAUUUGCAUUAAAUGGAAACUUCCAGGUGGAUAAUAAGGAUCAUCCUUCAGAUUCUAGCUCUUGCUACUGUAGCUUGACUUAAAUACUCUUCUAUUUGUGCUGCUUUUAUCCCAAAUAAUUUUAGAAUAACAAAUUAAUAUAUUUUCAAUUAUUUAUAGUCAUGUGAAUGUGAAACAGAACACAUUAAAUUAAGUUGAAACUA